CAGGACAUGGAAGUGAAAUCCAGCAGCAGACCUGCGAACCUUUUCUUCGGAUGCGCCGUGGCUUUUUACUUCUGCUCCGUUUGCCCGGCCCAGAGACUCUGCACGGUUUCCCCCGGGUCUGUGUCCGUGGCCGAAAACAACACAGCGGACGUCCUGGUGGCGAAGGUCAGCUCCGGCGGCGAUGUGUUGCUGACGGUGGUCCAGAACCCUGACGACCUGUUCUACCUGAGGAGGAACGAGCUGAUGGCGAAGAAAGGCUUGGACUACGAGUCUUUGCCCAGUUCAGACGUGUUGGUGGUACGCGUGCAAUGUGCCCGGCCCGGCUCCAGACCUGUGAACGUGUCCGUUCAGGUCUCUGUGGAAAAUGUGAACGACAACCCUCCAAACUUUGCACAAAACCAUUACGUCCUGGACGUGAACGAGCUCUUGCCGGUAAACUCCAGCGUUGGACUCAUCGAGGCCUCGGACAUCGACUCAGAGUUGCUGUACUAUCGGCUGGAGCCCCCCACAGACCGGUAUUUCCGUUUGGAGAGCGCCAACAGUCCAAAGCUGCUGGUCCAGAGCAUCAUGGACCACGACGCCGUCCAGAAGAUUUCUCUGGUUCUGCACGUGCAGGACACGUACAACGGGUCGGCCUCCAACAAACCUUUCUUCACGUCUGUGGCCACCAUCACGGUCCAGGUGAAGGACGUGGACAACCGGCCCCCGUGGUUCCAGCCCUGCAUGAGGGCCAACGUGGGACCGGCCAAGCUCUGCGUCAGCACCGGCUACCGGGGCAAAGUCAACCUGACGGAGAAAGAGGAAGGCCCGUUGGUGCUGGAGCCGGGUCCGGUGUUCGCCAGGGACGGAGACAGGAACCGGAGCGAGCAGAUCAGCUACCGGAUCCUCAGAGGGAAUGAGGGCAGCAUUUUCCAGAUAGAUGAAGAUACCGGGAACAUCACCAUGGCUAAACCGGCUGACAUUGUUGGUCCAAUAACCCUCACCGUCCUGGCCUCACAGGUGACCAACAGGGACCAAUUUGCCGUGACGCUGGUCACCAUAGAGGUGAUGAAGCGGAGCAGAAACCCUCCUCGCUUUGAGAAGGAGCGCUACGAGGGAUACAUCUACAGCAACUCCAUCCCUGAAAGCAUGGUCCUCCGAGACCGCUCCUCCAACAGACCCUUCAGGGUCCGUGCCAGAGACGAGGACUUUGCCAGUGGCGUGAAUCCAGAUGUGAAAUAUGAGGUGCAGUACAGCAGUUACGUCAACGUCACGUCAGAGGGCUUUGUGAUCCUGAAGCGGGUGGUGAAAACCGAAUCCUUCGCCCUUCAGCUCAGAGCGGUGGACGCCCUAACGGGGGAGUUUGGGACAGCGGCUCUUUCUGUUCUCGUCCUGCCCGCGGUGGCGGUCCCCUCUCCGUCCAGCGUGGGCUACCGGCCCGGCGACAUGGCCCUGCUGGGUCUGGUCAUGGCAGCCCUGCUGCUCCUCUGCCUCAUCGUCAUCGGCUUCCUCAUUUCUCGCUUAUGGAAGGGGAACGCGAAUCUCCACAAAUUAUCUGAGUGUCUGGGGCCCUGCUGGCCGUCUGGCCAGCCUCGGGGCCGGCUCCGGGACUCCAUGCAGUACACCAACGAUGGCUUCCAGAAUGAAGGCGACCCGAACCGUGGAGGACCCAGGCGCUGGAACCACGUCAUCCCAAGACGGGGUGCUGUCCCCCAGGCCCGGAGCCGUGUGAUCCCCCUGGAGCGACGCAGCCACCACUGCUUCUCCUGCGGCACAUACACCAACCACAUGGCCGUGGGCCACAGCCCCACGCCAAGUGCCGCGAGGAGAGGAAGAGGAAGAGGCGAGGGAGAUGAUCACAAUGCCCAGUCGGUCCUGACCAAGCAGAGGAGGAAGGGGCAGAAGACGGUGUGGUUCAAAGAGAGCGAGGACUCGUCCGACAUCGAAGUGGAGAUCAUCCCUGACUCAGUGGGCCGGGUGGAGGAGGAAACGGAGGAGGAGGUGGAGGCAGAGAUGCAGAUGGAGGAUGUUGUCAGGGACCCGGCUGCCCCACGGCGAGAUGCGGACGGAGGGCAGGAGAACCAGGAAGCGCAGCCCGCUGAUGAUCGGGGCCAGGCUGAGGAGGACCCAGCCAAAGAUGACGGAGGACAGGAGGUGGACGGCUGAGGAUGACUGCCGAGGUCAUGCAGCCAUCAAACCCUCUCAGAUUGUGGUCAGGAGUUCGAUCGGACAUAAGUUCAUAAAACGGAGUGAA